CCCAGGCAGGCCGGUGUGAGCUUGUUCCCCGCCUGGCGGUGAAGAGCUGAGCUCCCCCUGCGCGUGUCUGUCUGCCAUGCCGUGUCGCAAGGAGAGUUUCCUGCUGCUCGAGCAGUCAGUGACCGUAGGCUCCGGGGAGGUGGACACGCUGGUAGCCCGGAUAGGGGAAGCCCUGCAGCUCAAUGCCCAGCGAACGCCCACCUCCUGCAGCAUGGCUUAUGGGGCGCUUAAACCGGUGUCCCGGGCGGGCCCCUCCUGUUCUUGCGUGAGGGGUAGAAGCACCCCGUACCCUGUGUGUACCCCGAGGGGAGCCGCCCGCCACGCGCAGCACCACCACCACUUCCCCAGGCAACAGGGCACCGGGGGCAACAAGCGGCUGUGCGGCAGGGGAUGGGGCCGCUGUAACUGCAGGAAGCACGCGGGGACCGAGGAGGAGGAUGAUCCGCACGAACUGCUGCAAGAGCUGCUGCUCUCGGGAAACCUCAUCAAAGAGGCGGUCAGGAGACUUCACAUGGCUGGGGAGAGCCCUGACCCGCCGGGGUCGCGCAGAGUGUCCGAGUGCACUGAGACAACCGUGCAAUGACCGCAGCACUGCCCUGGGUGCAGAUGGGCCCCUACACACGAUAUGGACUCUGCCAGAUCUGCACCUCCACCUGCAUGAGCAAUAUGGGAUGUUUGUAGACCUACCCCCCUCCAUGGGCAAUAUGGACUGUUCUGAGAUCUACCCCCCUCCAUGGGCAAUAUGGACUGUGCUUAGAUCUACCCCCCUCUAUUGGGCAAUAUGGACUACUGUUAGAGCUGCCCUGCACUGCUGAUAUGGACUGUGUGCUCAACUGCUCCUCUCCUGACUCCAUGGGCAAUAUGGACUGAGCGGAUAACUGCCCCCUCCACGAGGACUAUGGACUGUGCUGCCUCCUCUAUAGGAAAGAUGGACAGUGCUCAGAUCUGCCCUUCUCCUGCACUGGGAAUAUGUGCUGUGUGCACAACAGCCCCUCACUUGCAUAGGCAAUAUAUGCAUUAUCCACACAGCAAAUGAGGGUUGGCCAUAGAUCUGCCUCUCACGGGCACAUCAACUGGGGGGCAUUAUGAAUAUCUGCCCAUCACAGACUCAGCAGAUAGAGGACAAUAAGCAAACUUGCCCCUCACAUUGACAGCAGAUGGGGACGGCACCCAGAUUUAUAUCCCACCUAGUUUUUAAAAGUGAAUAAACCAAACUGCCUCCCCAAUAUCUCAUAAUGGGCUCAUCUGUUGCCAUGGAAUUGCAGUCAUUCUUGUUCUCCCUAGCGCUGAAGCCUACUUGCUUUCUGGCAGACCCCCUAAUAUCUAUUGACUGCAUAGUGACUGCACACUGAUAUUGUAGGACAGGAGCUCACAUUGCUCUUGCUAUCUGCCUGUGACACUUUACGAGACCUGCACCUUUGUUUUUUUUCUCCCUAGUGGCAGAUAUGUACUGACAACUGUGUUCAUCCUGGUGAAAUAAAUCUGCAAAUGUUUGGGGGGUGGGGAGUAAAGGGUGUUCCAUGAUGAAAAACAACCAGCCCUUAAUACCAAAAGGUCUCCUCAUGCUUGUUUAUUUGCCUUCACUGACUGACAACAUAACUAUUUCACCCUGGUUUGCAGCACCCCCCCUACAUCACAUUCUGGGUGACCGCUUGCUCUGGGAAAUGCUUUUUUACAUCCUCUCCCAAACUGCCAUUUUUCAAUAUGUUACAUAUACUGUGUCUUUCUUAACCACAGAAUGGCUCCUCCUAUAUUAUAUAUACAAUAUCUGCUACGAGCACCACCAUAACCCCCCUCUCCCAGCCCUUGCUAUUCCUACCCCCACCUUGCUUGUUUGUAGGGUUGGAAAUGUCAUUUAAACAAAGGCCGUGAGACCUCAGGGGACCUCAAAUGAUCAAGGAUCAGCUACUACUAAUUAGCACCACAACAACAACAACAUAUUUUAGUAUAUCCAGUGGCCGCUAACACAGAAUUUGUCCCUUUUUUUUUUUGGAUAAACUCAUUUGGUCAUGUUUACAGGAUACUUGAAAUAUUUCAUACAGCUCUUAAGAAAUUUCAUUUUGAUUUCUUGAGAUUUUGAGCUGGCCAAGAAAAUAUCUUGUGCUUCUCGUUCUGGCAUUGGGCAAACUUUUCUUUUUUGUGACUUUGGACUUUAAUUAUGGACUUUGUGCCAAGCCUUGUGUUGCAGUUGAUUUGGACUGGGUGCAUUGCAACAACUCAAUGGCCUCACACUUACAUCUGCCCCAAGUAAACUUAUUUGAAUGGCUGCAGAGUAGUCUGGGCGGGGACAGUUGUUAUGUAAUUGUUCUUUGCUUCUUGUUUACAAUGUGCAAGGGGAAGACUGGCUUGAACUUGUAGUUCUCUCUUCCUCUAAUAAUCUGGCAGUGUUUAUUGGCACUACUACUUCAAGGUCACUACUACUUCAAGGUCACUGCUGCCGGACCAGUGGCACAGCCUAGGAUAACGUUUUUUUAAAAAAAAUAUUUUAUAUAUUCCGAACAAAUGUGAAAAUUGGCACAAAGGUUUUGUUGCCAAACAAAUCCCCCUCCAUAUUAAAAAAAAAAAAAAA